GGACUGGUCAUAUUUAUGUCGUUAUUAUAAUAAAUAAAUUUAAUUAUUUAAAUUAUUAAUUAUUUUUCACUCCUUUUUAUAUUAAAUUUCAUUUUCUCCCAAUCCAAUCAUCUUUCUCUUUUCCUUUUUUAUAAUAUUUCAAUUUCAUUCUCAGAAUUUUCUCUCAAAAAAAAAAUGUGUAGCCAAAUAUCCGAAUCUGAACAAGAACAACUCCUGGAAAAGCUUGAGGUUUUCAAGAUCAAAGGCAAGGAUAAACAAGGUCGCAAGAUCCUUCGUAUCAUCGGAAAAUUCUUUCCCGCUCGGAUUUUGAGUGUUGAUGUUCUGAGAAAGUAUUUGGAGGAGAAGAUUUUCCCGCGAUUGGGGAAAAGGAAAUUCUCGGUGUUGUACGUACAUACUGGAGUUCAACGAAGCGAGAAUUUUCCUGGAAUCUCUGCUUUGCGAUCGAUCUAUGAAGCGAUUCCGAUGAACGUUAAGGAGAAUCUUGAAGCUGUGUAUUUCGUUCAUCCUGGUUUACAGUCUCGGCUUUUUCUCGCUACGUUUGGGCGUUUACUGUUCACCGGAGGAGGGUUGUAUGGGAAGCUAAGGUACGUUAGCAGACUUGAUUACCUAUGGGAACAGGUGAGGAGGAAUGAGAUAGAGAUACCUGAGUUUGUGUAUGAUCAUGAUGAGGAUUUGGAGCACCGUCCGAUGAUGGAUUAUGGAUUGGAGAGUGAUCAUCCGAGGGUGUACGAUGUACCAGCAGCCGAUUCACCUGUGUCUAUGUACUCAAUGAGGUGUAUUUUGUAGAAAAACGCGCCUAGUUUUAAGUUAAAUUUUGUACAUAUACGAAUGGGCUGGGCUUUGUUGUUUUCUUGUUGUUUGGGCUUGAGCUUUGGGUUUUGGUUGGGCCUGUUUUAGGAGAUGUGGCCCAAUUUGUAUAUAGAAGAAAAAGAUGGGUCUUUUUUUUUUUGGGGGGGGGAAGUUUUUUAAUUGUUUUUGUGUGUGUGUGUUUUUGCAAGUGCAACUCAAAGAGAUGAAUGAAGCAUUUACAUAUUUUUAGCAUAAAA